AUGGCCAGCAUGAGGUCUCGCAGUGAGGAUGAAGAUGAUGAAGGAAUCCUUCAGGAUCAAGACUGUAAGUCUGCUGAGCUGAGGAAUUCUAAGAAAUUGUUGAGCAAAGUGAAGUGGUCCAGAGAAGAGGACGAGAAGCUAAAAAGGUUGGUAGACCAACAUGGACCAGAAGCCUGGGAUUUAAUUUCAAAUUACCUUCCAAAACGGACCGAUGCGCAGUGUCAGCAUCGGUGGCAGAAGGUACUCAACCCAGAGCUGGUUAAAGGACCCUGGACCAAAGAGGAGGAUCAAAGGGUCAUUGAGCUUGUGCACAAGUACGGCCCGAAGCGCUGGUCUGUGAUUGCCAAGCACCUCCAUGGCAGAAUUGGCAAACAGUGCCGGGAAAGAUGGCACAACCACCUGAACCCUGAGGUGAAGAAGUCAUUGUGGACUGAGGAAGAGGACCGCGUCAUUUAUGAAGCCCACAAACGCCUAGGAAACAGAUGGGCAGAAAUUGCUAAAUUGCUCCCUGGAAGGACAGAUAAUUCAAUCAAGAACCACUGGAACUCCACAAUGCGGAGGAAGGUGGAACAUGAAGGGUACUUGCAAGCUGAGUCGAACUCCCUUUGUAGAUCCAAACAUGCAUCCAAACGACGCUCCAAAGCAUACUCCCACCUGGAUGCCUUACAAACACAGAAUCAGUUUGUCAUGGCAUUUCCAACUCAGAUUACUGGGUACUCCUUUAGUUCAGCAGAUGGAAACUGCAUGGAGGGUAUUCAAGACACUUCAGUGUGUGUUCCACAUCCGUUUGAUGAUGAUCCUGAUAAGGAACAAAGAAUUAAGGAACUUGAGCUGCUUCUUAUGUCAGCUGAGAACGAAGUUGGAAGAAAGCGAGUCUCAUGUCAGAGUGAAAGAUUUUCUAGCUGGUCCAGUAGUGGCUGCAUGACAAAUACUACAGUGAGCAGCCUGGAGGACCAAAGCGUGGAAUACUGCCGAGCCGAGCAGCCCCCGAGCACAGCUGUCCCCCAGCAGCCGUCUCCCAGCAAGUUCCUGGCAGUGGAAGCGAGUGCCGUGCUGUCAUCCUUGCAGACAAUCCCAGAGUUUGCAGAAACACUGGAGCUUAUAGAUUCUGAUCCUGUUGCGUGGAGCGAUGUCACCAGCUUCAGCCUCUCUGAAGUGGCCUCUCCGAUGAAGCAGACUGCAGCUCCCUUUCCACACAACCAGGAGUGUAUGAUUCUAGGCUACCAGUUUGAUGGCAGCGCAAUAUCAGACAUGAGCAGGAACUGUAGCAGGAGCAAUGGGCAAAUGCAACUGAUUCCUUUAACAUCGCCUGUUGUGGCCAAGUUCAGCACACCCCCGUCCAUCCUGAGGAGGAAGAAAAAGGAGAGGACAAACCAUUCCUCAUCGAGCGAGGGAAACAGCACUUCCUUCAUGGACACCAGUGAGGUGUCACCAAGAAACACUCCUGUCAAGUCACUGCCCUUUUCCCCUUCACAGUUCUUCAACAUUUCGGGGAAUGAAAAUUUCAAUCUGGACAACCCAGCCCUUACCUCGACUCCAGUUUGUGGUCAGAAAUAUCUUGUCACAACUCCCCUGCAGAAAGAAAUGACGCCCAAAGGCCAGAAGGAAAAUGCUGGGUUCAGAACACCUAAAAUCCGAAAGUCUAUUUUAGCCCCCACACCUCGGACUCCAACACCUUUUAAGAAUGCACUUGCUGCCCAAGAGAAGAAGUAUGGACCCUUAAAAAUGAUGCAUCAGCCACUGGCUUAUCUGGAAGAGGACAUUCGCGAGGUGUUGAAGGAGGAGACAGGAAUGGAUAUAUUUCUCAGAGAGGAACUCGAACCAGCCUUCAGGGCCUGGAAACAAGAGCAUGAUGCUCCUGCAAGAAAAGUCAGGAAGUCCCUUGUCUUGGAUGCCUGGGAGAAAGAAGGCCUCGAUGUCCACUUAUUCCCACAAGACCAGCUCUCUAAUGAACAGCCCCCAUCUGGAAACCUGCUCACCUGCUCCUUAUUCAUGACACCGUUGUUAGAUAAAGUGGAAGGCAGGUGUUCACCAGUGCCUGUGAAAGAGGAGCCCAGUAUAACCCACCAGCACAGUGCACCUGUAAAAGAGAAUCCCUGUAUGUUAAGGAGUACAAGAUUUGAAACACCCAUUCAGAUGAACAGUGAAUGGGAAACAGUUGUAUAUGGAAAGACAGAAGACCAGCUGAUAAUGACAGAACAAGCCCGGAAAUAUCUGAAUGCAUUUAAUACUGGUAGUACAUCAAGAGCACUUGUUCUUUGAAUCCUCAAUGUGUCACGUGCCAGACUGCUGGCAUACAUUAGCACUACAGAUAGUUAAAUAACCUGAACAGUGUACUCGACAUAUAGGCCCUGGUUUAUAUGUAAACACAUUUACUAGAUAUUUUUGUUUUUAUGUAAGUGGUAUAAAAGCUAUUAUUUCUUAAUUUUCUGGUGGCCUCAACACAAUGUAUGGGGUUUUAAUGUUGUGUACCCUUAAGUACACUGUGGUGAAAUAGGCCUUUAAUUGGUGGCCUGAUUGCAUUUUUUUUUAGGAGUGAAGUCCAUCUCAACUUGGACUUUUUGUUUUUACCAAUUUUCUACAAGUUCUCUUACAUUCAUUCUAUAGCAUUUGUGUAGGAAGCUUAACAUAAAACAUCUGCUUGGCCUAACAAAAAAAAAAAAAUUGGGCAAUUAAGUAUUUUACAGUCUAAUUCCCCACCCCCAUCUCAAUUUCUUGUUUUCUUGGGAAAUUUCUUACGCAAAAAUCCUGUCCCUGAUAAGUAUACGAACCCCCAGCGCCCACCAUAACUGCCAACCAUUUACCAUAGGCCGAGUUGGUGUUGUUUACUCAUGUCGUGGAUUGCACAAGACUCUUCAAAGAAGAAUUGAUUUACUUUAUAUCAACAAAAAUACCAAUGUCAACAAUUUAAGAAAUCCAGUUAAGGGUACAUAAAAAGUACAAGUAACUGGUUUUACAGACUUUUAAAAUGUAGGCAUUUUUCAGCACUAUAUAUUUUACAGCCAAAUUUAAGCAGCUUGCAAAUUUGGUUAUUGAACACAUGAUUCAUAUAAAGCUACCAGGAGUUGCUUUUCUAACAAUUGUAUUUUUCCUGCUUUUAAAUAUGUAUAUGAAAAUGAUAGCUAAAGAAGGCUUGCGGAAAGGAAAAGCACUGUUCACAUUGCACUACUGGUCUUGGUAUGCUGCAGAACGAAGAGGAGCAACUACAAUGUUUAGAAGUAACAGGAUAGCACUUGAAAUACGAAUGCGUUUCAGCUUGACAGAAUGAAGUUUAAUCAACUUCUUCACAGUAUUUCUUUUAGGAGUCUCGUAUUUGAGACAUUUAUUGAAUGUAUUGUACAGCGUGUAACUGCAGGGAAAAGUUGUAAAUUGGGAAGAAAAGGUACUUUUUUAUUUAUUUUCUGCUCUAAAGCUUAAUGUAGAUAUUUAUGUAUGUUGGGCAUCUAGAAGCAUUUUGUUGUUUCCUGUACAUGUCCUGUUUUGACAACUUAUUUCUGUUUCACUGUCACCACUCUUGUGUGGCGUAGAAGUUGUAAUCUUCUAUCUAAAUUAAUCAUGUUCUAUACUGUAAUUAUUUAUUUUCCUAAAUUGGAGACCAAUGCCAGUCUCUCUCCUUUUAAUAUAUUAAGAAUGUAGGCAUAAACAUAAGUUGGACUAUAUUUUUUUGUAAUGUUAGGGAAUAGGUACCUGUUGAAUGUUCUUUAGAAUUAUUUAUUACCGAAUAAAUUCAGAUUUAGCAAUUGAUAGAUUUUUUUUUUUUAAUGCUUGAUUUUUGUUUUCUUUCUUUUUGUUUUGUUUAUAACUGUCUUGCCACAAAUUUCCUAUAAAAUGAUUGAUAUCAGACGUCCACUGCCUGUUCGGUACAGUCUCAAGCCCAAUACAGCAAUCUUUAUUUUUGAAAUCAGUUAUAUAGCCAUAUUCUGGGGACUAUUUAUUUCGAAGACAUAUGUAGGAAAUUUAAUUUUAAAUGUUUUAUUCUAAUUUACCCAUCUAGAAAUGUGUUUUAUUCUGUACAGGUAGCAACACUUUGCUUCAGUUGCUGUAAUGUAGGUAAUUUGCACUUUUAUUGUUUGAAGAAAUGUCUGUUUUUCCUUUUUUUUU